UCUCUCUCUCUCUCUCUCUCUCUCUCUCUCUCUCUCAUUCUUCUUAUUCAUUUUCAUCAAACAAUGCGCAUUCUCAGUGGCAUUCUCGUGGUUUACUUCAUCUCCACUCUCCUCUUUGGUCAAUUAAUCUACGUUGCACGAGGAAGAUUUCAUUACCACAAGAGACGCGGUCUCUCGGAUCCUCCUCCUCCUCCUCCAGCUGUAACCGCUAACCCACCUCAAGUCCCCUCUGACCCGUACCCAAACCCGAAUCCAGACCCGGCUCCAGGAGAUUCAGACUCGGGAUGCAUUUUUGACGUGACGUCGUUCGGGGCAGUAGGUGAUGGCUCGUGUGACGAUACGGCAGCAUUUAAAGAUGCGUGGAAAGCCGCUUGUGCUGUUGAAUCCAGUGUCGUUUUAGCUCCUGAAGGCGGCGUUUUUAAAAUCACUUCCACUAUUUUCUCCGGUCCAUGUAAACCGGGACUCGUCUUUCAGUUGGAUGGAGUGUUAAUGCCUCCGGAUGGACCAGAGGAGUGGCCAGAGAAGGACAGUAAAAGUCAAUGGUUAGUUUUUUACCGCCUCGAUGGUUUCACGUUUGCCGGCAAAGGCACCGUCGAAGGCAACGGUCAAAAAUGGUGGGACUUACCUUGCAAGCCUCAUCGGGGACCAGACGGAUCAUCGUCGUCCGAACCAUGUGUUAGUCCAACUAUGAUUCGGUUCUUCAUGAGCAACAACAUCGAGGUUGGAGGAUUGAGAAUCCAAAACAGCCCGCAAUUUCACAUGAAAUUCGACGGAUGCGAAGGAGUGUCAAUCAACGAUAUCCAGAUUUCAUCUCCUAAACUCAGUCCCAACACUGAUGGUAUCCAUCUCGGGAACACCAGAUCAGUGGCCAUUCAUAACUCUGUCGUUAGCAACGGGGAUGACUGCAUUUCUAUUGGAACUGGUUGUUCAGACAUUGACAUUCAAGGUGUCACUUGUGGGCCCAGUCACGGGAUCAGCAUCGGGAGUUUAGGAGUGCACAAUUCUCAAGCAUGCGUUUCCAACAUAACCGUCCGAAACACCGUGAUCCGCGAUUCCGACAACGGCCUCAGAGUCAAAACAUGGCAAGGCGGAACCGGAUCCGUCUCUAAUCUCCUGUUCGAGAACAUCCAGAUGGAGAACGUCCUAAACUGCAUCAUCGUCGAUCAAUACUACUGCCAAUCCAAGGAGUGCCGCAACGAGACGUCCGCGGUUCGAGUCUUCGACGUCCAGUACCGUAACAUCAAAGGGACUUACGACGUCAGAAGCGCGCCAAUUCACUUCGCAUGUAGCGACACCGUCGCUUGUACAAACAUUACAAUGUCCGAGGUCGAGCUUUUGCCCGAGGAAGGAGAGCUCGUGGAUGAUCCGUUUUGUUGGAACGCUUAUGGGACUCAAGAGACGUUGACAAUUCCGCCAAUUGAUUGUUUGCUUGAUGGAUCACCGGUGGUGGAGGAAGGCUAUAAUUCGAAUCCGGGUUGCUGAACGGUUGUUAAUUUGCCACGUGGAUGGAGGUUGAUUUUUAGUUGUAUAUGGGCUAUCCCUUGUAGGGCCUUUUAGUAGAAGCCUUAUAUGUGCGAUGAGAUUUUUAGAUGGGCUUAUUAUUAUAUGGUCCGUUAUAUAUUUUAUCUAUCCUAUUCGUCAUAUAUGGGCUAAUGGGCUUUUUAAUAUUUCUUUUGCAUCGAGUAA